AUGGCCACUGAAGGCUGGGCGCGAAUGUUGCGGGACAGCGCAGAGGCUGCGGUGGAGAUAUGCCAGCAGGUGGCGGAGGAAGCUGCAUGCCUUCCACGCGAAGAAGUAUCAGAGGAAAGCAUCAAGGGCCAGACAGACCAGGUGCUUGACCUGGUCCGCAUAGGAGCACCACUUGAUGCGAGGGGUGACGAGCAGCGCACUGCCCUGUCCUUGGCGGUGGCAAACAAUCAUGAAGCUGUUGUCAAGUUCCUGAUCGAUGUUGGGGCAGGCGUCUGUGUCCAGGACUCCACUGGGAGGACACCUCUACACAUAGCUGCAUGUAGGCCUGGCGAGCAGCUCAUAAUAUGGAUGCUUUUGGCAGCAUCACCACCUAUUGAUGUAAAGGAUAAUGCGGGGCAGACUGCACUCCAUCUGGCUGCCAUUGGCAGGUGUUUCUUUGCAGCAAAGGCACUGCAUCUGGCUGGUGUGAGAAAGGACAUAAAAGAUAACAAAGGAAAAGUACCUACACAGUACGAGGAACAAUAUAAGAUUAUACAAGUGCGUCUGGUAUGGCUUUCAGAUUAUACUUAG